AAGCCACCUUGGGCGGGAAACCGGAAGGCCAAACGACAAGCCAUUGCUUUUGUCUUCACACACUGCAGAUUUUCCAUUGAAUCAACGGAUCGACAAAUUGGGGAUUCUUCCCAAUCUUUUCUCCGUAGUUCGUCCUGUCCAGUUACUAGUUUCGUUGAAUCCGAGAUUAAGUGUGGGGCUUGGAAUACAUUCAGGUUGAGGGUUUUUGGGAAAAUGGGAUGGUCUCACCCUGAUGUUUCUCUGGACGAUAUGGUGAAACUGAUAAAAGGGUUUGUAGAUAUACUGAUUUUGGCAUCUGGGUAUCAAUCAUCUGGUCAUUUUGCCCUCUGGGACCCCCAAAAUAUCAAGAGAGCGUUCCAAUGGGGUCUCUUCUUUGAGAAUGUGAUUAGGCACUUGAGCAGUUCGGAUGAUUACCAAGACUCACUAAAGGAACUUGAUUCUGUUCUACUUGAAAUCAAAUCCAAUCCUUCUUUCCCUCAGGGUCUUGCGCAACUAUCAUCUGUUACUCUUUCUAGAGCGAAGAGUUUUGUUCUAGAACAUCUGAUCCAAACCUUAACACUGAGGGAUGCACAUCUCGAAGCUUUCCUGACAGCAAGUAUUGGGAUGGAUCUUGAUGAGCUUUCAGGAACAGAACAGGAUUGCCUUAGUCUAUAUAUGAACAGACUGAUGUUGCAAAACCCAUCAGCAAAUAUGAAGACUGAAAAAUGCACUGAUGAUGAUUUUACAACAUGUACUCUUCAAGAGCUAUUGAAGAGGCAGUUUGCAGUAUUGUGCGUAUCAUCAACUGAGAAGGGCUUAGAUAUUCUCUCUAAAACAAUUAGGCACAACAACUGGACUGAGUCGGAGAGUAACUCAUUUAAAAAAUUAAAUCAAGUCACAUCUUUGCUGAGUCAUGACCAGUUGGUUGAUUUUAUCACGUGGAGCCGGUGGAGAUCAAAGAACCUUUCAUAUCUGCUUGACAAAAGAACUGUUAGAUUGGUCUCAGGUGCCAGCAUGAUAUUUUCUGCUCCUAAGGUUCAAUGGGCACAACUCUUUGAACGGCUGAAUAUUUCAGGGGAAACCAGAGGUGAUGAUUAUUGUGAAACAAUAGAGCUCUUGUUAUUAGGAUGUAUUGCAAGAAGGUGGAGUUGUCUACUUGAAUAUUUCAUGUCAGAUUCAUAUGAUUCCAUUAAUAUCCCAAAGCAAUAUAGUGAAAUAUGCAACUUGCUUACAGGAAGAUCUCAAAGUCCUCAUUCUAAAGAGGAUGUAUUGGACCUGAAGGAAAAUGCCAUUCUUGAGUAUCUGAAUGUACUAGUUGGUGGUGAUCUUCAUCAGCUGUGGAAACUAUCCCCUGUUCUUGCAGCAUUUGCUAUUCCUUCAUGGUCACCCUUGUUCAGACUGUAUUUGAGUGAUAUACACACUCAAUUCAAAGGAUGUUCUUCAACAAUUAGAUGCUGCAGUUGUACUCAAGAUAGGAAGGACCACAUAGACUGUGAACUUGCUGAGAGAAUCUGGUGCCUCUACAUAUUUCACGUUCGUGGGUCCUAUCUAAUGCAUGGAACCAGCAGUGGUUGACAGUUGAGCAUUACCAGAUAUGCAAGGCGUGAAGAGGAUCCAAUUCUUGAAGUGGGGAAAGCGAAUUAUGAGUGGUGGAUCUGCAGUUACACUUGGCUGGGUUGAAAGAAGAGCCCCAGUGGUAUGUUGUCGUGGAUUAUAUUUCUUGAGGCAGUUGGUUUGGAGGUUCAGGUCUCAAUGGAAGCACUCUCUGAGAUGCCAAAGAAGUAGAGUACAGUACAGCUAUGAUCCUUAUAGCUAUUCUCAGAACUUCGAUGAUGGUUUCUUCCAUGAUCAUGUCUCACCUUGCAUUCUGAGAUAAACUGUCUCAGAAUGCCAUUUGGGGCAUGUAGAAAAUGUUGUGAAUUUCUUAAAAUCUCCAUUUUCUUUGGUUGUUUUUUCAGCUGUGUAAUUUUGAUGCCAUAAAGGAAGAGAUGAUGCCAGUGCCAUGGCAUAUAUUGUAUUA